AAACUUCACUUUGUCCUACAGCGAAACAUUUGGGCACACGCUGGUAAGAAGUGCUCAGCCAUGUGGGUGAAGAUUGUCACCUUCCUCCUCCUCUUCCUCUUCACCUCAGAGGAAGCCUGCGCAGACUCCCUGGACACCAAGGGAGGCAGAUAAGGCUAAGACUGUUGUAAGAAUGUCAAAUGCAAUGCUAAAUGAACCCCACUAAGGGGCUAAGAGUAUGUCAUAAAAAGUGUGCAACUCAUUAUCGAGCCAGGAAACUCAGUUGAAAGAGGUACAAAUGUGUCAUUGAGAUGUCAAGCAGACGUCAGCCACAGUCUGGGGUCUCAUCCCAACUAUAUAUACAACUUCUACAAAGAUUUUAAGCUAUUAAACACUGACCAGACUACGGACAGACUCUAUAUACCAGAUGCCAGAAUGGCCCACUCUGGGACAUAUAAAUGUGAAGUUGUCACUAAGGAGCAAAAGAUGGAGAGCAGUGUCAUAGACCUGACAGUGAAAGGUCUUCAGACGCCAGUCCUAACAGUGAAAAAACGGAAACUGACAGAGGGAGAUAAUGUUACUGCUGUCUGUACAGCAAAGGGAGAAAUAAGUUCUUUGACAUUUUUCUUUAGUAAUGGACUUCAGGUACUCUUCACAGAGAAAACAGAGAGCUAUCAAGUUGCGCCGCAGCUAGUCCUUACUAAAGAAGCUUUGAAUAUAUUUUGCUUCUAUUGUAUAACAUUGUAUAGCUCAAUAAAAUGCUCUGAUAACAGCAAUGUGAUCACUCUUGACAUUCAAGAGCUGGAGAUCACUCCGAAUAUUACAGUCAACCCAUCACCAAAUGUUGUUGAAGGAGAUCUCAUCAUCUUCAAAUGCAUUGUUAAUACCACUUACCAAAUAAAUUCUGAUUUCAAAAUCCUUCUCAUCUAUGGACAGACCAUGCUUAGUUUGACCAUGGCACAGAAGGAUUACUAUAUGUCUGCUAAGGCUAGUGACUCUGGGGAAUAUGAGUGCAUCUCAAGGCUUGGUGGUGUUUCUAAAUCCUCCGCUAUGAACAUCACUGUUAAAGAGCUUUUCUCCAUGCCUGCCCUGAGCAUUCACCCAGCUGAGGUUUUUGAGGGAGAACCUUUCACCAUCAGCUGUGAAAUCAACAACAUUUCCUCAGAAAGGAUUCAAAAGGAUGAAAUAAGGUACUCAAUAUUCCAAGACCAAACAUCUGUAAUAAAUGGCAGCAAAUACAAUGGCAUUGCAGGCAAAGCAUCCAAUGGGAAAUAUAUGUGUGUUGCUGAAGCCAAAGGGAUAAUCAAAAAAACAGAGAUGGACCGGUUUGAAGCAAAAGUUCUUGUUUCAAAGCCUGAGCUCUCAGUUGAUGGUCCUGUUAUCGUGAAUCAGUCAUUUUUGAUUCAUUGCCACUCUACCAAUGGAAGUCUGCCAAUUAUCUACUCACUAAAGAGAGACAACAUUACCCUGAACAGGACUAAGGUGUCUAACCCUCAUGAGAAGGCUUGUUUCUUAGCCUUGAUAACAACUCCUUCAGACAUCAACCGUUACGUGUGUGAAGCAGAGAAUAAUGGCCAAGUCUCAAGCAAGAUGAGUGAAAGGCUACAUGUGACUGUAAUAGUUCCAGUCGGGAAGCCCUUACUUACAGUCAUUCCAGUUCCAGGAAACAUUGAAGAGGGCAGCGAUGUUACCCUGAUAUGUAACAUUCAAAAAGGCUCUCCUCCUAUCAACUUUACUUUUUAUGAAGGCAGUGGCACAGAAAUCCACAACACGAUCGUUCAAAGUAAUUCAGCAUCAUAUGAUCUGACUUCAGUAAAAAGACAUCACAGUGGAAAUUAUUAUUGUGAGGCAAAUAACCGGGCUAACACUUUGAUAAAGAGUGACACGAUCACAGUCGAAGUAAGCCUGGCGACGUGGAAAAAGGCUUUGAUUGCUGCAUUCUGCAUGAUGUUAGUGGUUCUGCUGGUCCUUUUCAUUGUGAAGCGCUACAAGGCCAAGCGAGGUAAAAGAGAGAUGGCUGCCAAACUAUCAGUAAAGCCUGCAAGCCCUAAAUCAGAUGACUCUUUAACCCUGAGUCUCACCCAUGACACCCAUUAUAGCGACCACACAGUGGUGGUGAAUAACACAGAGAGUGUUUGGAAUGAAAGACCUCUAGAUGUUGCUGACCAGGACAGCCUAGGAUCCACAAACGAAGGUGAUGUAGAGUACACAGAGGUGGUUCAUCCUCAGCCUAUAGAUCCUAUGAGAAUUCCUCUGAAAAAAGGCACAGAUACUGUGUACAGUGAGCUUCAGACCACUCAAGGGAAUAUUGAACAUGUUAACCACCAAGGCCUGUUAGAAUAUGCUGAGCUCAACCAUGAUCUUCCUGAACCAGUGGACUAAUGGAAAUCCUUCACCUUCUUCUGGACUGCUGUGGUCAAUAUGGCAUCCAUCUGCUGUGUCCUCCAUCAACAUCCUCCUAAAAAAAUAAUCAUGUAAUCCUUUCUUUCCCUUUCCUCAUUUGUGACUGAUUGUUUGUUCUGUUUGUCACAGUGCUGCACUACUGUGUGUAUAGUCGGUACUAAAAACCACAUGCUUUUCACAAGGCUGCAUUUUUAAUAAAAUGAAAUGAUUUAUUUGA